CACUCUGCACACCUUUUCCACUUACUAAUUAAGGCCCUGUCUCACAGCAAGAGAGUUUUGGGCCCGCUGUCUCUGGAAGGGAAUACCUGCAAGACAGAGAAUAACCAUGAAGCUCUUUGGAACGGCUUUCUUCUCUCUGGCUGUGUUCAGCUUAUGGAGCGCUACUGCUUCAGCACAGGAAUCUGUUGGUACUGCUACAACAUCCACCGCGACGCAAGCACCUUCUGAACAAGCACAGCUUCAACCGACAAUAAGCACAGCUUCAACAAGCACAGUUUCUUCAUUAGGAAGUACUUCUAUAUCAUCUUCUAAAGAGAAUAAAACCUCUCAAACAACAUCAACCCCUGUAGAGAUACUAUCAACUACAAACAAUAGCAGCUCUACAACAGGUACUACCCAUUCACUUCCACCGAGUAAUGAGACAGCAGCAUCCGAGUUGACACCAACGGCUAUCGGUCCAGACAUUACCACAACUGGAAAUGUCACAGGGAAUCAAACACUCCCAGAAAGCAAAUCUCAAAAUACAACACAAAGUGAGCCUGACAGUACAGGAAGCGACUCUGGAAAAACAAAACAGGUGCUGGAUAGUUCCUCUUACAUCAACAUUCUUUUGCCAGUCAUCAUUGCUUUGAUAGUAAUAACCCUCUCAGUAUGCAUCCUGGUGGCUUUGUACAGAAUCUGCUGGAAGACAACUCCAGAGAGGCAAGAGAAUGAAACUGAACACACAUCAUUAGAUAAAGAGAAUGUGAAAUUAAUUUCUGUUAAGACAACUUCUCCAGAGUCUGGAGAACACUCCUCUCAGGGGAAGAAUAAAACUCGGCAGCAUGAUGACUCUUCACAUUUGGGCAACAAAUGUGUGUGAAGAAUUCUUAUUUCAUGGUUUCUUGCCGGAUUCACUCACCAAAGCAGAAAUUCCCCCUGGAACAGUGUGGAUCAACAGACAAAUAGAAUAUGCACAUUUAACUGCUGUAUAACGUGUUACUCUGAAACUGCCUCCUUCUCUCGUCUAUGCCUGCUGUUUUCCACUGGAAAUCCUCUUUUCUUUUUUUGUCUGUGGUGUAACUGGUGUAUAGUAUAUAUUUAUUGCU